AUGUAUUUGAUUUUGUCAGCAUUAACAAUUUGCUCUUACGCAAUCGCUCCUCAUGUGUUGACGUAAGGACCAUUUACAGAAACUAAAGAGACUUUUCAAUUCACAUAGCUCUUGGAUCACAGUGACCCAGCCAAUACUCAGACAUGGCAAUAGAGAUACCAUGUGUAUUCCUAAUAUUUUAAUCCCACUAAAGGUGGAGUCAUCUUAUACAUUUGUGGAGAAUGGAAUUGCCAGGGUGUGAGUGACAACUCAUUCUCCUUCUAAUUGGCUAAGGACCUAGGUGCAAUUGUUAUUGCAUUGGAACACAGAUUCUAUGGACAAUCUCAGCCAUUUGGAGCUGAUUCAUGGAGUUUGGAGAACUUGUCUUAUUUAAAUGUCCAUCAAGCCUUGGAUGAUCUCGCCUACUUUAUAUUGUAAAUGAAGAGACUUAAGCUUCACAGUAUCGAUUCUACAUUGCCAUGGUAUGCAAUUGGAGGCUCAUAUCCUGGGGCUUUGUCAGCUUGGUUCAGAUACAAAUACCCUCACUUGACUGUUGGUAAUUUGGCCAGUAGCGGAGUCAUCAACACAGUCCUUGACUUCUGGGAAUUCGAUGAUCAAAUCAGAAAGAGUACAAGCAAGAGUGGUGAACAAUGCCCACUCUACUUACAGUUGUUGAAUAGUUUCGUCGACAAGAAUCUUAAGAACUUCAACACCAAAUAAGCAUUCAAGGAAUCCUAUAGAUGUGGAAAGAUGACCGACAACGAAUUCAGAUGGUUCUGGGUUGACACCAUCGUCUAAAUGGUCCAAUAGGGAAAGAGAUCUAAGUUCUGUCAAACUCUUGAGUCAUUGUCAUCAGUCGAGAGAAUGGCUGAAUACAUCAGAGAAAUUGCUCUAUCUCAAGGAGAUAGUUACAAGCAAUACGGUGCCUACUACUUAAGAAACGAAACCAUCGACGAGAAUUCUUAACACCGUCAAUGGUAUUUCCAAUGCUGCACUGAGGUCGCCUACUUAUAAACACCUCCAUAGAAUAAAGAUUCCUUAAGAUCUUAUGAAAUGACAUUGGAUUGGUGGAGAGAGUGGUGCAAUGAUGCAUAUUCUUAGGGAGAAGUAGUAUGGCCAGAUGUCAGAGUCACUGAAGCCUAUUUCGGAGGUUUGAAAUUGAACGUUGAUCAUUUGAUUAUGACCAAUGGAGGAGAAGACCCUUGGCAAAGAGCCUCAUUGCCUUUUGCCAGAAAGGAUAAUAGCAAAGUCACAACUUAUUUAAUUGAUUGUGAUGAUUGCUCUCAUUGUGUCGAUUUGAAAGCUCCAACUGCCAAUGACCCAGCUGUUCUGACAUAAACCAGAUUAGAUAUCAAGAACAAAUUUAAAUAAUGGCAUGCCUAAUUUUGGAGUAAAACUCUGAUUGAGUGA